GGAUCGGAUCGGACUCACAGAGAUGGCAGACCCGUCAGCAGCAGAACCAGCAGAUCCUGGUCCCAGGGUGCAGAACCUGUGUCAGGACCUGGGCCCGGAUCAACCCGGACCGGUCUGCGUCUCCUGCCUCGGGGAUAAAAGUUGUCCAAAGAGUCCACAAAGUCCACUCAAACCGGAUCCUGACGGACCCAAACAGAACGGAACCGCUGAGGCUCCGGACCCAAAACCAGCAGAGGAGAUCAAAACCCAGGAGGAUCCUAAGAGCCCCGAGGAGGACCAGAGAGGGUCGGAACCAGAGGAGAAGGAAGAGGAGCCUCCUUUGGGUCCGGACGAUGUGGUCUGUGACUCCUGCAUCGAGAGCCCCUGCAGGGCCCUGAAGUCCUGCCUCACCUGCCUGGUGUCCUACUGCGAGGCCCACCUGCGGCCACACCUGGAGAACCCCAAGUUCCAGAACCACAGGCUGCUGGACCCGCUCAGGGACAUCGAGAGGCGGACCUGCGAGACCCACAAGUGGCCCCUGGAGGUGUUCUGCUGCUCUGACGUCACCUGCGUGUGUCGGGACUGCGUGACCGAGGACCACCGGGACCACGACACGGUCCCGGUCCAGGAGGCCCGGACGUGGAUCGAGAAGGAGCUGAAGGAGAAACAGGUGGAGGUGCUGAAGACGGUGACGGCAGCGGAGAACGCCAUCGACAAACUCCAAACCAACACCGUUUCCAUUCAGCAAUCGGUGACGGAGGUCCGAGAGGUGAUCGACGCUCAGUUCCAGGAGCUGCAGGCGGUUCUGGAGGGGGCCAAGAAGGAGGUGACGGAGAUCCUGGAGGGCGAGGAGCAGCAGGCCCUGAAGCAGGCUGAGGGCAUCCGGGUCCACCUGGAGCAGAGGUGCACGGAGCUGAAGAAGACCCAGGUCCAGAUGGAGAAGGUGUCCAGGAAUAAGAACGACGUGGACUUCCUGCAGGAGUACGCCGAGUGGAAGAAGGAGGCCACCGAUAACUCCCUGCCUGGGAUCUACAUCGGCCUGAUGGACCGUCUGAACUCCUUCAGCCGCGUCAUCGUCGAGUCCACGAAGGAGCUCUGCGAAACCCUCGUGACUUCGUACGUCGAGAAAGUCAAGGAGACGUGUAAAAACGACAAAACGGGAAUAAAGAUAACGGCGUACACAACAUCUGCUGAUGGACACAACAAGCCUGCGCCUGAGCCGAAGACACGAGGCGACUUCCUGAAAUACGCCGCCCAGGUGAGUUUCGACCCCGACACGGCUCACAAGUUCCUGCGGCUGACCGAGGACAACAGGAAGGUGACCAACACCACGCCCUGGCAGCACCCGUACCCCGACGUGCCCGAGCGCUUCGAGAGCUGCCGCCAGGUUCUGGCCGCCGAGAGCUUCUACCUGAACCGGCACUACUUCGAGGCGGACGUCAGCGGCGACGGCGCGCACGUCGGCCUGACCUACAAGAGCAUCGACCGCAAGGGCAGCGGGGGCCACAGCUGCAUCACGGGCAACGACUUCUCCUGGUGCCUCCAGUGGAACGGCCGCGCCUUCUCGGCCUGGCACAGCGGCGUGGAGACCCCGCUGAACGUGGACAGGAUCACGAGGAUCGGGGUCUACGUGGACUACGCCCGGGGCCUCAUCGCUUUCUACAGCGUGGAUAAAACCAUGACGCUCAUCCACAAGUACGAGACGGAGUUCCGGGAACCGUUGUAUCCGGCGGUCUGGCUGCCAAAGAAGGAGAACCUUGUGGUCCUGGUGGCUCCUGGGGAUCCUUUACCUGUGAAAAGCCCCUCCCCUCCCACGACACCUGCAGACGGAGCUGUUGUUGUACCCACCUAAACAAGGUGUUAAAAACUGGAGGGACAGGAAAAAGAGUGAUCAACGUGUUUACAGCUGACUGUUUUUGCUGCAAAGUGAAUCAAUUUUUUUUAAUUUAGUAUUUUUUUUUUUGUUUUUAAUAUAUUUGUGUCCACAAUGUGCGUUUUGAAACUACUGUUACUAGAAAUGUUCUAUAUUUUCAGUUUGCAAAAAUAUAUUAUUUUGGAAAAGUCUGCUUUGUUCAUGUGGAUCUUUCUCUGCCUCAAAUAAAUAAGUUUGUUUUAAAGAA